GUCUAACGUCAUAUAUUGUAUGCCGUGAUUGUAUCGCAGUCCUACCUUAACCUCAUUUCCUUGCUUUAACCUGUUUCACGAUUAACGAUACAUAAAUUGUUUAUUUAUUACUGUUAUCGACUGAAAUGGAGAAAUAUUCGCGUGGAAAUGACCAACACAUCUCAAAAUCGAACGACAGAUCACGAAAAAGGUCUGUAGAAAGAUUUAGACGAAGUGAAUACACUAGCGAUGGGGAACGUAGUUCGAGAAAGGAAUCGAAAUCCAGGCAUAAAUCUGUGAAAAAAGACGAUCCUUCGAAAAAGAAAUCGAAAAAGAAGAAACGGUCCGAAUCCCCCAAGCGGAAGAAGUCGUUGAAACACAAAAACCGCAAAAGAACUCCGUCUUCCUCGUCGAGCGACUCGUCAGAUGCCUCGACCUCCUCGGCAGACUCAACAAAGCUGUUGGAAAAAUUACAAAAGCAACGAAAAAAACAGGAUGAGGAGCGGAGGAAUCAGAAAGAAAUGUUGAAAGCAACAGAGACCCCAGAAGAAAAGAGACUACGACGCUUAAGGAAAAAAGAAGCAAAAGAGCGCAAGAGAAAAGAGCGCAUGGGAUGGGACAAUGAUUAUCUUCACUAUACGAAUACGGAUAAUCCUUUUGGAGACGGAAACUUAUUAUCCACAUUCGUUUGGUCCAAGAAACUGGAAAAAGAAGGUCUAAUUGGGGUCAGCAGAGAGGAACUGGAGGCCCGAAACCGACACAAGCAGGAAGAGAAUAAACGUGAGUUGGAGAAAGUGAAGAAAAGGAGACAAGAAAGAGAACUGGAGAGGCAGCAACGUGAGGAAGAAAUGGCACUACUUCAGAGAGGAAAAGAGGCUGCGCAACUAGAACAGUGGGCAAGGCAAGAGGAUCAGUUUCACUUAGAGCAAGCGAGACUCAGGUCUAGAAUUAGAAUUCAAGAUGGUCGGGCUAAGCCAAUCGAUCUCCUGGCCAAGUACAUUAGUGCUGAGGAGGAAGUCGACGCUGUUGAAAUGCACGAGCCUUACACGUACCUGAGAGGACUCCAAAUUAAAGACUUGGAAGACCUUAUUGAAGAUAUUAAAGUAUACAAAGAACUUGAGAGGGGAAAAAACCUUGAUUACUGGAACGAUAUAACAGUAAUCGUGGAAGACGAGCUACACAAACUCAGAAAAAUGGACAGGACGGAGUACGAAGCUGCUAUCGGCAGAAGAGAAGGCAUCCAUGCAUCGGUUGCUAAGGAUGUGACUGCUGUAUUCAAAGGAAAAACUGCAACGCAACUAGAAGCCUUGCAGCUUCAAAUAGAAUCCAAAAUUAUCGGAAAGCCUGAGGGUGUCGAUAUCGGUUAUUGGGAAAGUCUUCUCUCACAGCUUAAAGCUCACAUGGCUAGAGCAAGAUUGCGGGAUCGUCAUCAAGAAAAUUUGCGAAAGAAAUUGGAGGUCCUAAAGGCAGAGCAAGGAGUAGUAAAGACCGAAAGUGAAGCUGGCGAUUCCGUAGCCCCCAGCGAACAUUCCAACAAACAAGAUGAGCAGCCUUCGACAAGUGUGACUGCAGCUGCAGAAAAUAGUGAUGAAAGUGAAUCUGAAGCUGAAGCUGAGAACCAAAGUGCUGCUGACGACAUGCUGUCUGAAUCUUUCAAUGAUUAUGAGUCAGGUGGUUACUCUCCAAAGUAUAUGACGCAAUCGCAGCUAGAGCCGGGGACGCUGGUAACUCUGGAAGAAGAAGACAGUCAACGUUUAGAGUUUGCUAGAAGUCAAGUUCUAAACACCGGGCGGAAGGUUCAAAACGUAAUUAGUGCGGAAGAACAGGCGAUGCACAGAGAGGCUCGGAAGAACAUGGGAGCUGACGAGGCCCAGUUCAGCGUUGAAUCUUCCCUUGAAGCGCAAAUCUACCUUUGGUCUGACAAAUACAGGCCCAGAAAGCCAAGGUAUUUCAACAGGGUCCACACAGGUUUCGAAUGGAACAAAUACAACCAAACACACUACGACAUGGACAAUCCGCCACCAAAGAUCGUCCAGGGUUACAAAUUCAAUAUUUUUUAUCCAGAUCUGAUCGACAAGAACACAACGCCGGAAUAUUUCUUGAAAAGAAAUAACUCCUCCCUCGAGCGGCCCAAGACGGCGAACCUCGAGGAGCCGAGCUUCCUGGAUCCCCGGCUGAUCGACAAGCUCGAUAUGUCGAUGCUGAGCAAGGAACUCCUCUGCGACUCGAUGACGCAUAUUCAGCUUAUGCACGCCGGCGUGGGAGUCGAGCGGCGCAGGCAGAGCCUAAACGUCAAUCCGCCCGGAUCGAGGAGGGAGUACCGAUCGGACAGAUCGAGCGUCGCGACGCCGUCGAACUCCGGGAUAAUAUCGCUGGUCAGGCAAAAGCGGCGGAGCUUCGAGCCCCUGACGGACUCCGAGGCUUGCGACGGACGAGACACUUCGCUGAUCGACGCGAUGAAGAAACAGAGCCAACUGGCGAUCGGCAAACGGAUCACCGCCGACGACAACAACAAUCGGCGAUCCGCCGCGCCCGGAAACCUCACGCCGAAGAUCCCCGUCCUGGCGAUAUCGAAGCGGAAAUCGUCGAAGACGUCGCUCAAGUCGGACGUCGAGCUCUUCACGGGGCCCGCGCGCAUCGCUCCGGAACCCUGCAAAACCUGCGGCAGGUCCGAUCAACCAGAACGGUUCCACAGCCACCCGGCAAAACCCGCCAUCGCCACGGUCAAGGUUCGCGACAGCAACGCCAACCACAAGGCCAAGGUCAACGCCGUGCCGAAGAGCGUUCAGAAGCCCGUUGCUCUCAACUUUCGAAGCGAGAAACGAAAGAGCGAGACGACAAAGAACUCGCGGCAAUCCGUUCAGGAUCAAAAAGACACUCAGGGUAACGUCCUGCCCGUGCAACCCUCUACCACCGUGCCUGCAGCACAUCCUUCGCCUAAACGAGGACCGAGAUCUGUUACGUGCUACAUUUGCAGCCGGGAAUUUGGCACCGCUAGCUUUCCCAUUCACGAGCCGAAAUGUCUGGAGAAAUGGGAAAGAGAGAACAAUGCCUUACCACCAUCGCAGAGACGUUCUGGACCCCCGAAAAGACCCCAAACUCAACCGGGUCAUCAGGAUUGGAACAAAGUCGCGUGGGAACAAAGCCAGGCUCAGUUGCUUCCCUGCUCCCGUUGCGGACGGACAUUUUUACCAGACCGUUUGCCGGUACACCAGAAGAGUUGCAAAGUGCAAAAGAAGCAGCCUCCGGCGCAAAAAGAUGAACCUGAGGAACGAAUUCGACCAGAUCGACAGGCUGCAGGACCUCCGGCUGCGUCGCCCGCAAUUAGCACGUCCCUCCCGAGGGAUUCACCGAUGGUAUAUUGCAACAUAUGCGGUCGCAGUUUCGGAACCAGGAGCAUAAAGAUCCACGAACCUCAGUGCCUGAAGCGUUGGCAAGUGGAAAACGAAGGCCGGCCUCCACCGCAGCGCAAGAAGGAACAACCCCCGACUUCUUCGAGCUCAUCUCCGGACGCUCCUAUCUCGCAGAAGAAAACUGUCACGUGUUACAUAUGUGGCAGAGACUUCGGCUCUACCAGUAUCGCCAUCCAUGAACCACAGUGCCUUAGGAAAUGGAACAUAGAAAACGAUAAGCUACCCCCUAGUCAGCGCAGAGAACAACCAGAAAAGCCGGAUAUCGUGUUUACUUCCGAAGGCGAUUGCGAUUUUAUCGCAACAUUUCAUAGGAUAUGGGAAAAUCAUCUUAAUUCGUUGAAGCCGUGUCGAACUUGUGGAAGAACCUUCAGAAAUGACGCUUUACUCAAACACGAACCGCACUGCAAUGGUUCCUACUAUAAAAAGAGGAUCCGACGUUUAGUAGGAGUAAAAACAAGAAGGAAAUGAAGAAGAGAUGCAUAUUAUAUUUAUUUCAGUUCACUAAUGCGCUUAUAUACUUACAAUUAAUAUCAGAAUUUGAAUAUUUAUGCUAGUACAUAAUCGUUUCAGACAAAUAUAUGUAAUCACGUUAGUCGAAGACGAUAAACAUUUAUACUAUA